UGUUGUCAUCUGCGUUCUUUAAUUUAGUGUGUUUAACAUUGGGUGUGCUGUGGUGGCGUCGACAAACAGACAAUGCGCCUCUAAAACGUGUUUUUUCCUCCAUUCUCCAUAUGUUGGAGCUAAGUAACUUAUUUGUCGAAUAUAAUCGAUAAAGGUAAGGGUUAAGUUGUCCAAAACCCGAACAUUUUGUCUGAAAUACGAAGGCCGGCUUCGAAGCUUUUAAGCUAACGCCUAACGUUAGCUAUGGAGGAGAAGAAGGAGGAGGGAGAGGCUGAAAUUCAGGAGCACGGCCCCGAGCACUGGUUCUCCAAAUGGGAGCGGCAGUGUUUGGCCGAGGCUGAACAGGAUACUCCAAACGAAGAAGAGACGGAACAAAGUCAGCAAAAGCUGUGGCACCUUUUUCAAAACUCUGCCACUGCUGUGGCGCAGCUGUAUAAAGAUCGAGUAUGUCAGCAACAAGGCUUCUCUAUGUGGGUUCCCUUCCAGAACGCUGCCACAGCCGUCACCAACCUCUACAAAGAGAGUAUGGACGCCCACCAGCGGAGCUAUGAUCUGGGAAUCCACUUAGGCCAUCAGAGGAGGAAUAAAGAGGUGAUAGCAUGGGUUAAGAAGCGACGAAGAACUAUCAGAAGAGAAGACCUUAUUAGCUUUCUAUGUGGCAAAGCUCCACCUCCACGAACCGCUCGUGCCCCGCCAAGAGUUGCCAUGGUGUCUUCUAGCCGAUCAUCUCCCACAGAGACGGACAAUUCUGUUGAGACCGACUUGCAGCCCUUCAGAGAGGCCAUAGCCCUGCACGGUCUCAGUGGUGCCAUGGCAAGCAUUUCCGUGCGCUCUGGUCCUCCCGGCUCCCCGACUCACCCCGCUCAGCCACUCGGUCGUCGUAGAAAUGGCCUUCAUGACGUGGACCUCAACACCUUUAUUGCUGAGGAAAUGGCACUUCAUUUAGAUUCCGCUGCCAAUCGUAAACGAGUGUCUGCACCUUGUAGCGACGUCAUAACAGACUCACCCACGCAUAAACGUAACAGGAUGCUCUGAACUUUUUCACUAUUAACUCCUUGUUGUCCUCUCGUCGAUGGCCGAUUGGACACUUGAUGGGGGGGGGGGGGGGGGGGGGGGCUGUUGCCUUGGCCAGCCACAAAAUCCUCUGUCUUAGUUAAACAUGUGACUAUUACCAGACUGCAUAGUUAACUCAUUCUUUAUUUUCUCACCUUCUACUUCCGCCUCAAAUAAAAUUAGUCUCAUUUGUCAAAAAAAAAAUUUUCUCCCCUCAGUUGGUCUGACAAAGAAGCACAGCCUUAACCUGAAAUCUUUAAAAGUAGAUUUUAUUUUUAAAUCAAUUUCACAUUUAAGAACAGCAAGCACCAGACAUCUGUUUGCAGUUCUCUCUGCCCCAAGAAAGCUUCUUUUUUUGUGGAGUGUGGGUCAAACUAAACUGAAGUCUUACCUGAUGAGGAGACGAAACUCUGCUGUUUGGCUUGAUUGAAAAACACUUGUGUGUUUUCUUCUGUGGCUUUUGUGUGUUUGCAUAUCUGACAACGAACUGCCACUUAAUGUGUCUUAUAGGUCUCUUGCCCUUGAUUGAGGCUGCUACCGUGUAAACUAGUUGAUGUGCAACAGGAAGUGCGUGUGUGUGUGUGUGCAUGCGUGUGUGAUUGUUUCCUCUUUCACUAAAACUCACUCCUACCUUUAUUGGCUUUUUGCAGACCAAACCAGGGUUUUAUCACAAAGCAGCUCAGUUCUGAUUAAAAGAGAAAGGUGGUAUGACGUAUUUAGCAAAAUUUGAAUAGUAAAUCUUUUUUUUUUUUCUUCUAUUUUAAAGCCACACUAUUUCAUCUUUUGAGUUUUUACAGUUCUCUUAAGUCGGCACAAAGUUGGUAACAAUGUUUACAUUAGGCCUCAACAUAAAAACCUAAAUCUCUUUCAUCCUCAUCACUCUUUAUUUAAAAAGGAAAGGAAACAAAACAGCUCCUGGUGUAACAGCUUUAAACAAAGAAUGACAGUGGCCAACCAAAUGUCUGUGAACUUAUAAAGGCCGAUGGCUGUGACAUGAUCUUUAGCCGGGUUAGACUUUAUUGGGUGUAUUAGUUUAGCAAAACCUGUUUUUGCUCACUUUGCACACUGCUUUGUGAUAUAAUCUUGUGUAUUGUAAAUAAUGUGGGUGCUGUUAUGUAGUACAUAUUGUAAAAAAAAAAAAAGUGUUAAUUCAUCAGGAUGUCCUUGUAUAGUAAUGAUUCUGACAAUAAACAUAAUACAAAUAGCGCUGG